AUGGUCGCGGACGUCGAGCGCGCGUCUAGGGCGCCGGGGGAGGGCGGAGACGACGGUGGAUGGCAAACCGCGCAUCACCACGGGUCGAGAGAUCAACGCUCGGAGGAGAAGCGCGGGUCGAGAAAGUCUCAGGACGACGGCUCGAGAAAAGAGCACGGCGAUGGGAAAUGGCGAGACGGUGAGAGUGGUCCUCGUGGGACGAGACGAGAACGACAGGAGCGACGGAAGGAACAGGGAGGUCCGAAGGGCGACUGGGGCAAGCGAGAUGGACGCGAUCAAAGUUCUUGGGGCGGAAAAGGGCGGACCGAGGACGCAUCUAAGGGCGAAGACGGUGGAAAAGGUGGUGGCGGUAGUGCGAGGCAAGGGAGCGGUCGAACGCAGGCACGGGAGGGGAUUCCGACGAGGCCGGCGGGACGCGGGUUCACCAUGGGGCGAGGGAAGAACGGAGGGCAGGCGCUCGAGCUGAGUCUGGGAGCGCUUCAGGUAAGCAGCGUGAGCGAUGCGUUCUUCGAGGCGGUUAUGGCGAAGAAAGCGGCGAGUGGACAGUUCGCCGACGAUGAUGAGGCUGCAAAGGAAACGGAAAAGGCGGAGAAACAUGGGGCAAAGCAUCGAUACGACACGGCGGAGCUCGUGACUAUCCUGCGGGAGAUGGAAGCGAAAAACACAUGCACGAUUCCGGCGGAAGUGUGCGCAGCAGAUGUGCCGCUGAAAACGAUCAAGCCCGGUGAUCCUAUGUGGGAGAUCACCAUGCUUGGACGCCAUGGAGACUGGCAGAAGAAGGAGCCGGUGCCGGAGCCGAAGCUCGCAACCAAGACGAGUGACGUCCCGGAGUGGGCUCAGGAGGGCAACACGCUCGCCGAUGCGAGCAACACGGAUGAUGCGUUCCUCGGAACGGCGCUCCCGCAGCUCACAGAGGAGGAGCGACGAGGCUUGAUGAACCUCACUUCGGCGCCGCGAGCAGCCUCGCCUCCGAAGACGUCUCGAUUCGUCGCCCUGGAGGAGGAAGAAACGCUCAUGCCGCACCUCUCUCAUCUCGGUGGCGUUAUGCAGCAGCAACUACCGCCUCAGGCGCAACAGCAGCCGCCCGUGCAAACGCCUUCCAUGCCGCCGAUGCAAAUGCCGCCACGAGUGCAGCAGCAACAGCAACUGCAGCAGCAGCAGCAGCAACAGAUUCCACCUGUGCCGGCAAACGUGGAUUGGCUUUAUCUCGAUCCCACCGGGCAGCAACAAGGUCCGUUCUCGCGACAAGAGCUCAUUGAUUGGCAUCAAGGCGGCUUCUUCCCGAACGAUUUACCAUGCAAGCCGGUUGACGCGCCACCGGGCGCACCCUUCAUGCCCCUGAUUGAGUUGUUACAAACUGGGUGGCGAUACCGCAUCCCGAUGCAACAGGCGCCGCCACAGCAGCAAAAGCAACAACAGCAAAUGGGUGGACUGCCGCCGUGGCUGUUGCAGCAGCACGGGCAGCCCUCUGGUGCGCCUCAAGCGCCUCGCGGUCGCACGCUGGAAGAGAUUGAGCAGUCGCAGGGUCUCGCGAAGCCGCAGACGUCGAGGUCAAACGUCCUCGCCGACUUUGCCGCUGGUCUCGGUAUCUCUUCUCAAGCAGGUGGGGCCCCGUGGCAGGCUCGGGGUAUGUCUCUGGCGGAUUUGGAGCAGAGGCAUAUGCAUGAUCAGGCGAGUAGACAAGAAGUGGCGAGUGCAGAUGCGUCGGCGAAGUGGGACGCUCCGCCCGCGGCGAGAAGCGUGCCGUCGUCGUCGCAACCGCCUCUUCCGGCGGCUCCACCGCCUCAAGCGCGUCAUCCGGUGCAGAUGCCCCCUAGAGCGGAGCCGGAACCGGAGACGCGGGCGCCAUCUGGUCCCGCGUGGGGAGGCGCGGCGCCGGCAGCGGCGGUACCAAGCGCGGGUAAGACACUCCUUGAUAUCCAGCGCGAGGAGGAGGCUCGGGCGGCUGAGGCAGCCGCAAAGGCACCGCCGCCGAACGUGAACACGGCGUUUGGUGGGGCCUGGGGCAGCAGCGGCACGAGUGUGGGAAAGAGUUUGAAGGAAAUUCAAGAGGAAGAAGCGCGCGUCGCCGCGCGACGCGCCGCCGAAGCCGCCUCGCAGCAGCAACAGAUGGCUGCGCAGGCUUCUGGUGGAUGGGCUGCUGCAGCGGCUACUGGCGUUCCCGCACCGAAACCGCUGUCACAGUCAACGAUGGGCUCCAUUCCAACUCCUUCGCCUCGAUCCGCGCCGACGCCAUUACCGAAGCCGAUACCUUCCAUUGGCAACGCGAUCGCACCUCUCACGCAGGUCGCGGCAUCUGGGACAGUUGCGCCACCGACUGGAUUCCCGCCGCUGAACAACAAACAAGCCCUUCGCGCUUGGUGCAAGGCGCAGAUGAGUCAGCUGAACAACUCUGACGACAUGACCUUGGUCGACUUCUUGCUCGGGUUGCCCUCCGCUGGUGAGGUACAGGAGUACGUGGCGCUGUAUCUCGGCAAAACGCCCCAAGCAAACGCAUUCGCGACCGAGCUUAUUCGUCAGAAGCGCGCCGAUCCGUCCCUCGCGGAGGGGCUCGGGAACGGCGAAAUUGCCGCCAUCGCGGCGCAGGGCAGUGGUGGCGGAGCGACCACCUUUGGUGACGACAAUGACGACGACAGCGACGCGGGUUGGGCCUCCGCGAGCAAGAAGAAGGGUGCUAAGCGCUAG